AUGCUCAGCACGCCCCUGAGGAGCUGGUUCCCCUUCCGGACGCGGGCGUGGUCGCGGCUGAACGUCUGGAUGGAGGCCGUCGUGGCUGAAGGCGGAUGCAGUCUCUCGUGGGCCGUGUCCGCGCAACUGCACUCCGACGGCGGACUCAGCGUCGCCGCGAACACGGUACUGAGCGCUGGGCCGUACCAUGGCGGUCUCCCGAGCCCGGAGGGCAUCGCGUCCAUUGCGGUGGGCUCCAGGUCCCCGCCUGGCUCCGAGGUGUGGCUGCGCCGUCCAUCGGUGACGACUGGAGCUGCUCCUGCCAUCCCGGCACUUGGCUCGCAGGGACAGUGCGUCGUGCUGUCCGAUCCGACGGUGACCGCGGCGCUGGCGUUCGGAGACGCGGCGCUAGGGGCUGCGAACGACGCAGUCUUGAACAAGCCCGACGCCCUCUCGCAGGGCAGUGUCGCGUGGAGGGCUGCGCUGGGCACCAACUUCGAACUGGACUUCGACUUCCGGCUCACCGGCCCAGCAGAGGCGGCGGGCCUCGCGGGAGCCGUGUGGAUCUUCAUUGCAGACGGUGAGGAUGACCCGGGCUCGGAGGUCGGCAGCGACCCGUUCAGCCUGGUCUUCGACGCUGGGCAGGAUCGCGUCCUGGUCGCCACGUCCGCGGGAAGGACGACGCUUCUGGCCGGGGCAGGCCUGGCCACGAAGUGCCGCGUGGGAUGGUGCGGUGUGCGCUCGCGCUUCGACUUCGUCGGCUUGGAGCUCUCAGUGCGCUUGACUCUCACGCUGCACUCGGCGCCGCGCCCCGAGGUGCUCGAGAUUCAGAUUCCGGAGCCGCCCGGUGGCUGGCCCAACCUGAUGACGACAGCGACCAUAGGUCUGGCUGGAGUCGCGCGCGAGGCUCAGGCCACCCUGUCCCCCGCGGGGCACUCCGUGCGCAGUCUCGCGCUCACGCGCGGCUGCCUCAACGUGUCCCCACGAGCAUGCGGUGGCGGCCCCGCAUCCACGCUCGGAGGUGGGGUCUCACUGGUCGCGUCGCCCGGCAGGUCCCCGCUUGGGAAGCCGUUCCCUGCAUUGCUGGGCGCAGCACAGGCCUUCAGCGACGUCCUCGACGUCGACAGCGCUCCGAGCAGUCAGGCAGACCUCAUUGGCGAAGCUGUGGCCACCGGCGAUGGGAUCACCCUGUCAGGAGAGGCGGGCGGCGCAGGCGUGGCGUCCGCAAGUGCCAUCGCGGGCUCGCGGGUGUCCUUCGGCGUGGACUUCUCCACGUCGGGAGGCUCCGGCUCGGGCAGCCCUGCAAUCUGGGUCUUCCUGGCAGACACCUCUCGUGAGACGGCCUCUGCCUCCCACACCGUUCCGCUGGGUGGUCUGAGAGUGUUCGUCCUGCCUGCAAACGGGACCAUUGCCGCCGUGGCCGGGGCCGCGGGCCCCCCGACCACGGUCGCCCAGGCAACGGCCAAGUCCUGCGCGGCCGGAUGUCGCCUCGAGGUCUCGAUCGCGCCGUCGGCGCAGCUCGGGAACGGGUUCGAGGUCUCGGCCGUGCUGCUGUCCGCGGGCGAGAUGUCGGCGUCCGUCGCGGGCACUGCCGAGGUUGCCUCGUCCGCUGGCAGCAUCGACAUGUUCUCGCAGGCGUUCCUCGGCGUCGGCGCGAUCUCCGGGCCCGGCGGCCCGGCAGUACACUUGUCGCGCGCCCGGCUCGGCUCGAGCUGCGUCGGAAGGCGGGCCUGCUCUGCGACUCUGCCCGACGGCGGGGUCAGACUGGCCUCUGCGCAGGAGGGGGGCAGUGGCGCCCUGCAGUGGCUCGUCUCGCCCGGGAGCGCGUUCGAGGUCGCGACGAGCUUCCGUUUCGAUGGUCCCGGCGGCGAGUUCUUCAUCUCCGUGGGCGACCAGGGCGCACCGGCCGAAGCCAACGGCGGUCUGAGGCUCUCUGUCAGUGCAGACACAAACGCGGUCGGGAUCCGAUACGGCCCUCUGGACGACCCGCUGGCGCUGACGCUCGCGGAUGUGCCGGUGCCGGACACGCUCACAGGGGCCUGGUGCGACCUGACGGUCACGUUCCAGUACGCGGAGGACGUGAAGGGCGUCGAGUGCCACCGCGCGUGGGAAGUCGCGGCGUCGCUGUCCUGCCCAGGCUUCCCCCGGCCCCUCGACAUGGCAUCCGGGCCUCUGCCGGAGCCUGCCGCCGGCUGGUCGUUCGGCCGUGGAGGGGAGCGCGUGGUCCUGCGGGCGGGAGGCUCCGCAGGCAACCCGCGCGGGCGCUGGUACCCCACGCCGUGGAUGCUUGGCCUGCGUGCGAGCGCGAUCACUGGCGCAGUUGACGUCCCACCGCCGUCGCAGCCGUCGGACGCUUGCGCGGCCCUGAGUACGUCGCGGACGCUGGGCACUGCGCAGGCCGUCGGCGCUGACGUGUGGCUGACUAGCAACGCGCCAAACAUGCUCGGCGGCGUCAGGGCCGAGGCUGCAGUUGCAGGAGCAGCGUUCGAACUUGGCACCAACUUCGCCAUCCUGGGCUCGCGCGCGAACCCGGGAAUCGGCGAGGCGCUUUGGCUGUUUGCGGGCACCGCUGUGGAUCCGGCCGGCCUGGGCCCCCUCUUCACGGAAACGACCCCGGCCGCGGGAGUCCACGUCUUCGUUCGCGCGGCCGACGGAACGAUCGGCGCCUCGUGGGGCGACGCGCGCUGGAGCACUUCCGGGGUGCAGUCCACCACUCUGGCGUCGAACGUCGACCUGCUUGGCGGCUGCUCGAGCGCGACGGCGAUGUGCCGUCUGAGCAUGCGCGUGCAGCUGCACGGUCAGGGCUCGCGCAAGGCUCGCCUCGUCGUCGAGCUCUCUGGCGGCUCCCUGUCGAGUCCGAUCAAGGUGUCGGCGCUUCUUGACGAGCCGGCCGGGGGGUGGUGGGACACGACUGCCCCGGCGUUUGCAGGCGUCGCCGCACGCACAUCGGCCGCCAGCUACGCGGCCCACGUCGUGCUCGACGUGCAGGCAGCCUCCUGCGAGGGCCCUAGCGUCCUGCGGACGUCGCGCCGUGGUCUGUCCACGGCCCUGGCGCUGCACCCGGGAAUCAAUCGGCGCCGUGCGAUGCUCGGCUACCACGAGGCGGCGUUGAAGUCAGUGGAGGACCUGACUACGCUGAAGCCCAUGACCCGCCGCCGCGCGCUGGGCUCCAACACGCGGGUCGGGAUUCGGUUCUCCGGCGCAGCGAAGAUCUUCAUGCUCGAAGUCGUCUUCUACGCGGAUAUCCAGCAGGCGAGGAAUGGCGGUUGGAAGGCCAUGAUCGGUCUGGACGCGGCGCGCACUCUGCAGCGCCUGCCGUCGGUGGCCGGCAUCGUCAUGAACUGGCUGCCGCUCGGGACGACGAUCUUCGGGACGGUCACCGCUCCCGGAGACUACCUCUUGUGGGACUACAUGAACUACGAGAAGGGCUUCACCGAAUGGUCCUUUGACAACAAGGUUCUGGUGCUGAUGGCCGCUGAGCCAGACAGAGAGGGCGCUCUCUGGAAGGCAACGCAGAACUUCCUGGGCCCGAUCGGGGGCGACAUGGACAAGAUGGGCGCGGUCGAGAUCCACGUGGGCAACGCCUACGCGGGUGCGUUCGUGACGCUGGUGGGCGGGGUGCCACUGUGGCCUGGUUGCUGGAUUGACUCGCUGGCCCUGGAGUUCAUCUACGACGGCGGCGACUUCGACCUGGGCUUCAGCGCGGGGCUGCUCAUGCAGUUCGGGCAGGACAUGGUGCUCUUCGAGGGGCGCAUCUCCUUCAGUCUCGCCACCCUGGAGCUCAGCGGAGAGAUCCAGAUGAUCUCCGACGACGGUUGGAGCAACCCGUUGGGACUUAACCCUGAGCUGCGCCUGCGCCGCCUCGGGGGCUCGAUCGGCCUGUCGUUCGCGUCGGUGGCUGCGGGCGGCCCGCCUACGCCCACGUCGUUCUCUGUUGUCGGGGACAUGGAGUGGGGCAUCCGCACGUACCCGAACAGUCCGCUGCGAGGCAGCGUGUACCUGGACAUCAACCUCAUCAACCCGGCAGACGGCAUCGUGGUCAUCGUUAUCCUGGACAACCUCUCGAUGGGCCGCGCCAUCCUGCCCAUGUUCUCCAACCUGGGGCUGCCGAUGCCCGGAACCCUUGUGCGGAGAUUCUUCGACAUGUUCGCGGUGAAGAGCAUCGGGAUAGGCGUCAACAUGGCGCUGACUCCAGUUCGCUUCCGCGAAUUCACCUUCGUGCCAGGCGUCGAGCUCUGGCUGGAGGAGGCGUCGUUCGAUGGCACGCCCCUCGCCUCGGCGCGCAUCCUCGUCUCGUUCCUCCCUCCCAGCCUGGACGCGACUCUAGAACUGGGGAAGAUCACCUUCGGUGCCGGCAUCAUCGCGCUGGAGGGCUCGAGCUCCAUCGGCGGGCCCAUCUGCUCGUUGUCCGUGGGCCUGCAGGCCGGCGGCUUCGAGCUCGGGUGCGAUGGCAAGGGCACAUUCGCCGCCCUCACGAUGGAGUUCGAGUUCAGGAUAGGCACGACCGGCGUGUUCAUGCACGGAAUAUUCCGCCUCGGAAGCACACAGGGCGCGACUCGCCGCCGCCUCAUGGCGGCCGCAGCCCCUGGCGGUGAGCUGCAGGACUUGCCGAAGACAGCUGAGCGUCUGCUGCAAGUGCAGCGGCAGGUCAGCGACGCCAGGCUCGAGAUGAUGUUCUCGGCCGGAAUCGACAUCACGCGCGGGCUCAAGAACAUCGCAGCGUUCGAGUUCCUGUUCCUGGCCGAGACUUCCGACCCGAGGGGCAUUGGCUACGCGAUCGUCGUCGGUCUGAUCGAGAACGUGGUCGUGCUGUUCGACAGGCUCAAGAACGCGGCGAUCGACGGCGCGAAGGAACUGCAGGAGAAGCUGGUUGCUAAGGCACGCGAAGGCGUGGAGCGGGCGAAGGCUGCCAUCCAGGCGGCGGCGGAGGCCGCGGUUGAGCGAGUCAAGCGCAGGAUCGACAGGCUUGAUCGGGACUAUCGCUACGCGGAGAACAAGCGACGUGGCCACGCAAGAGCAUGCAAGUGGUGGAGGCCGCACCGAUGUGCGGCGGCCGCUUUCUGGGCGGGCGCCAAGGUCACUAUCGCUGGCCUGAAGGCUGCUGCAAGGGCAGAACUCGCGGUGGUGAGGGCCGCGGGGAGGGCGGUGGCAUUCGUCGCGAACGCCAUCUUGGACGCUGCAUUGUAUACCUUGGAGAAAAUCACGGCCGCGGCGGCGUUCUUCGUCGCGGCGACCGUCCGAGCCGUCGCAGCGGUCGUCCAGCCCAUCAUCGAGGCAGUCGCGCGGGCGCUCAUCGCCGUCGUCACGGCAGUGGACCUGAGCUGGUUCUUCAAGCUGACCAAGCUGUAUGCAGCUGGGUCGAUCGGGAGCGCGGAACCCUUCAUUGCCGUGCAGAUCAAGGGGCAGCUGCUGUCCUUCCUGCCCUUCGACGUCAAUGUGAGGGCCAGCCUGAGCUUCAAGGGCAUCGUCAGCGCCAUCUUCAACCUUAUCAAGAAGGACUUGAUUGGGUGGUUCAAAUCCAAGCUCCCAGUCUUCCGCAACCGUUUGCUUCUCACCCGGGACGAGACGCGCGAGUGUACGUACGACGAGACCUUGGUGUAUUUCGACGAGCUGGUUGCGCACGCCACCAGCCCGGACGGGUCGCAAGACUGGAUCGACGGGUACCUUGCGUGGGUCGAGGAGAACGGCGCCACGUGCAUCCACGCCUCCGCGGACGAGGGCGCGGGCGCCGCCGUGCACGCGCUGCGACUCGAGCGCCGCGCCCAGGCGGACCCUGUGUUCGCGUCGAUCGCAGCCGCCGCGGACAGCGCCGUGCAAGCCAUGGACCCGACCGCCAUCAUGACCCAGGCGGAAGAGGCCAUGGUCGAGGCCGCAAUCGCCAGCAGCGGACAAGCGCCGCCCUCGAACGAAGUGGCGCAGGUGGCCGCGGGGAUCGGAGUGGCUUCUGCGGAGGCCGGCAGCGGAAACGGCACAGCUGGCGCCCUGCCGGCUGGCAGUGAAGACGAAGUGACGUACGUCGAUAUCUCCGCCACCGUCGAGUUCUUCAUCCCUCAAGAGUUGGUGACAGAAACGCUCGGCAUCCCGGCGAGGCGGCAGCUCUCGGCGGACCCUACGCUCUCCUUUGUGGAGGGCGCGCACCCUGAGUUCGUCGGGACGUCCGGCGGCCGCCGCACGCUGUCGGUCGCAGAUGACCUCCAGCGUGCGGUUAGCUCCGUCGUCCGCCCGAACACCACAUCGGGCGGGCCGCCCGCGUUCCAGACGUACAGCACUCUCGGGGUCACUGCCAGGGUGUUGAGGCACGACGAGGUGGCGACGGAGGACCCCGGUAGCGUGUUCGUCCAGGUCACGCUCAAGCGAGUCGCGAACCACGAGGCGGGGCACUUUGCGGGCGUUCUCGCGGGCCCUGUGGUGCGCCAGGCGCUCAUGAAGACGAUCAACCAGACGGUGCCUUGGGUCCCCGAGCAGCGCCUCGUUCGCGUGACGGCGGCCGACGCCGACGCCGUCGAGGUGUUGCAGCGGGACUGCUCCGCGUCGCAGCUCGCGGCGGUCACGUCGGUCUACUUCGCGCACGCACCGGGCCCCUGGUCCGAGUGCAAUGCCACCUGCGGCACCGCGCACCGUUCGCGCGGCACGACGUGCCGCACGUACCAGCAGGACAGCACGGGCGUCCACGUGCCCGUCGGGCCCGCACCGGCCGCCCUGUGCGACUCGAUGCCGGUCACCUUCCCGCUCGUGGAGAAGUGCCCCGUGCCACCGUGUCUGACCUACUCCGUCCAGGUGCAGGCGAGCGGGCAGUGCAGCAGGCCGUGCGGCGGCGGAACACAGGUCCCGGUGGUCGCGUGCGUGAACAACCUCGGUCAGCACGUCCACCUGGAGAGCUGCAACAGCACCGAGGUCAUGCAAGUCAUGGCCCCGCAGCCCUGCAACACACAGAACUGCCCGCCGGGCGUCGCCGCGUCGACUUUCGCCGACCUCCCCGCCGCUCGGCUGUCGUUCGCCGUGGCAGCGUCCGCCGCGGAGAACACGGAGGUCGAGAGCGUGGGCGUGGACGUCAUCGCUGGCAACCUCAAGCUGGGAGUCUGGGGGGCCUGCAACGCCACGUGCGGCGGUGGGGUGUCGACCAGGACCGCCCAGUGUCUCGCGGGGAGCGGACCGGAAGAGCUGCCGCUGGAGCGCUGCUCGCCCUUGUCGCGGGCGGAGCUGGAGGAGCGGGCGUGCAACGUGCACCCGUGCACCACGCACCGCUGGCGCGUCGGAGCCUGGGGACCCUGCUCGACGAAUUGCACGACCAUCACUCCGCGCGAGCUGGGCGUGUACGACUUCGACGAGGGCUUCAGGCACCGCGACAUCAGUUGCGUUGAAGUCGUCGCGGAGGGCGCCGCGCGAGUGCGCGAGGUGCCGGUCGCCUCGACGCUGUGCCAGGGCCUCGUGCGGCCCACGGACCGCAAGCCUUGCAACAGGUUUGCGUGCGCGGGCAGCCGCCCGUGCGACAAGCCGGGCCUGUGCAAGAACGGCGCAACGUGCGCGGACGACGCGGCGAACCCGCGCGGCUUCGUGUGCAACUGCCCCGGGGCGCCCCACUACCACGGAACGUUCUGCGAGACCCCGACCUUCUGCACGGGCGCGAUGGCCAUGCUCUUCGAGACCGGGAAGGAGGGCUGCUGCACUACGGGCGUCGUGAACCGCUACGGAUGGUGCUGCACGGGCAACGAGCCCGCGCUCGAUAGCAGAGGGAUCUGCUGCGAGCGGUCGAGGAUCGACGGCUGCGGUAUCUGCGGCGGCAGGGGCGGCGGGUUCGACGCGGCGGGCGAGUGCUGCGAGGGCACGAUCGACGCGCUGGGCAACUGCUGCCCGGCGCCGCUGCACACCGACGAGUGCGGGAGGUGCGGAGGCAACAACUACGGCUGCGACAUCCGCGUGCCGAUCUCCUCCGACCUGCCCGGCCUCGUGGCGCGCACCGCGGCGAACCUCGCGAUUCGCCGGGACAGGCUGCGCAUCGAGAUCAUCCAGGGCAUCGGGAUCAACCUCGUGGUCGAGAACCCCGAGGACGGCGGGCGGGACAACGUCGUCACCGCGGCGGAGGUCACGCUGGCCAGCCAGAUGGCCGUGUCCACCAUCGUCGCCCAGCUCGAGGGCUCCGGGCGGCGUUCUGUGCUGCAGACGGACACCACUCUGCUAGGGUUCGCGGUCCCCGUCGGGACCUGCGGCAACGGCCUGUGCGAGCACGCGGGGGAGAGGCUCGUCGUCGGGAGCAACGGUCCCAUCCAGGGCUGCCUUUGGAGCCCCUCUUGGACGACCCUGGAGCCCGACUGCGCGACGGUCAGCGUCGUGUGCCCGGACCCCGCGAACACGGGCUUCCAGUGCUCCGGCCGCGGCGCGUGCGUGGCGGCCAAGGACGUGGCGGCCUCGCAGUACCCCAGCAACUACCCCGACUUCAUGCACCUGGUCUCCGAGUGCUCCUGUCUGGCGCCCUACGACGGGCCGGGGUGCGAGGAGUGCGCCGAGGGCUGGUCCGAGGUCCCGGGAUCUCGCGCCGCGGGCCUCGUGCUGUGCACCGGCGGCGACGGUUGGCCGCCCUUCGCGAUCGCUGGGUCGGACGCGGAGGACCCGGGCCUCCCAGAUGAAGAUGAACGCAUUAUCGUCGGAGUAACGCUGCUGCUCGUGCUGCUGGUCGGAUCCGCGGCGCUGUCGCUGGCGCUCGUCUGGUGGGCGCUGUCUUUCCCGAGAGCGGCGCCUGCCGCCGGCGUCGACGACAAGAGCAGGCAGAAGCGCGACGGCGAGGAGACCCCGCAGGCGAUCGCGUGGGCGAAGCUUCACCUCGACGAUCGUGAUCCGGCGCGCGAGGGAUCCAACGGAGCAUGGGGUGUCGUCGAGGCUGGGAAGCUCGGUCUUGUUGUCGGCCCAGCGAGCCUGACGUCGCGUCUCAUGGAGUGCCUCGUGCACAAGAGAAAGACCGCCGACGACGACCGCGUCGCCUGCCGGUGCGCGGCCGUGGUCGACGUCGCUGCGGCAUCCGUCGAUGCCGCGCCGCCCGGUCUGUCGUUCCUGCGCGCCGUGCAGCGCCAGGCCGACCUGUGCAUGGACAUGCGCUACAACGCCAAGGAACGGGCCGUCCGCGCGAGGAGGGCCAUCGAGUCCCUGGGGCUCGGCGACGUCGUGGAUGCGCGCGUCCCUGUCGGUCCGGAGGGCGAGUGGAUGCGGCGCGCCGUCGUCAUCGCCGGCGCCAUCCUCGCUGAUCCAUCCGAGGUGCUCCUUGCGUCACCGUUCGACGGCGCCCCGGCCAAGGCGGAGCCGAAGAUCUCGGCGCUUCUCGCCGCAGCGACUGCGAACGGGUCCCGCACGGUUCUGGCCACGGCGGCGGAGGCCUCCGCGACGAGGACCGCUGACGUGGCCACCCUCGUCGUUGUGGGCGACGACGGGCAGACGAGGCUGUGCGGACCGGCCAAGAGCGCGCACGCUGAGGCGCUGAAGAGGCUGGCGGCGACCGCCCAGGAUCCGGACGCCCGCGCCGAGCACCUCCUGCAGGCUGCUGCGUGGAGCUGCGUGGGGCUCGACGCACAUGCAGGCGAUGCCCGGGGAGGGAUCAGCUUCGCGCGGUGCUACGAACUUGCCGCCGCGGGCCGGUCGACGACGCCCGUCGACGGCAUGAGGCGCGUGCCGUUCUUCCGCCAGGUCGCCGUCCACCUGGCCACGUCGUUGCGCACAGGCUGGGUCGGACUGGUGCUGGCGCUCGCGGCGUGCCUCGGGGCCGGCAUCGGCAUCGGCCUCGUGCUGCUGGACUCCGCGGGCACCAGGCCCGAAGACGUCGCUGACCGUGUCCACGCCAUCGUCAUGUCUGCGCUCGUCGGUGCGCUGCUGGCCCACGCCGCCGUGUUCCGUAGCGCACAGCCGCGCGGAAGCGAACCGCCCUCGCGGCCGGACGCGGCGCGGCUCUUUGCGCGCUGGGCGACGGACGCCACGCUGUCUCUCGCCCCGGCGCUGAUCCUAGCGAUCACGGUGUACCUGAUCGCGGGCUUCGUGGGGUCCUUCCCGCGCUGGAACCUGUGGCUGACGGGGCUCGCUCUCGGAGUGUUCGCGUCGUUUGGUUGCACGCGCGCCCUCGCGGCCGUCCUGCCGUCGUCCGCGGCCCAGCUGGCGUCGCUGGUGGUGAUUCUCGCUGGCGUGACGCUGUCCGGGGCGGCAGGGCGCGACUUCAGCGCUAUGCCCCGCGGCGUCCGGCUGCUGUCGCACGCGCUGCCGAUCCCGUGGGCCGUGCGUGCGAUGGCGACGGCUGAGCUGGCAGGGCGCGUCGCGGACCCCAACUGCGUCUCGGAGGCCACCUCCCCGCUGUCGGUCGGCCUCACGCUGCGGGCGUUCGUCCUCGGGACAAGCGACGCCCUCAUCAGCGUGCCACGAUGCGAGAGCGGCGACGAUUCGCUGUCGCGUCUCGGCCUGCGCGCGACCACGGCACCGGAGGCCCUCGCGAUCCUCGCAAGCAUCGCCGUCGUCGCGCAGCUCUUCGCCAUGUCUGUGGCCGUGCUGACGUACGUGAUGCGCCGCCGGUUCUCCACGCCGCGCCGGGGCGUGGCAGUGCUGCCGAGCGACAUGCUGAAGGAAGCCGCACGCAUGUACAACGUCAACAAGGGUCCGAGCAUCGUUGCGCCGCUGCCAGGGGCCAGGUCGUCGCUGCCCCUCGGGGGGUCCGGCACCGCCCCGUCGUCGGGCCGCCAAACCCCUCGGAGCGGGUCGCAACUUGCCCCGUCGUCUGGUCGGCGCACCCCUCGGGCCAGGACGAACCUGGCCGCGGAGCUGGCUUCCCUGGGCAGCGGCGGCCUGGCACCGCCGUCGCGGAAGCCCUCGACGAUGAGGAGCGGGGCCUCGGACCUCCAGAGGGCGUCGAGUCUGGCCUCUGCGCUCUCGACGCACCAGGGCCACGGCGAGCUCACGGACCGCGGGCUGAUGCUCGGCCUCACUGCGCCCGAGGGGCCGCGCAGCGCACGGGGCGAACCUGGCGCUCGGCAGGCAUCGCGUCCGGCGAGCGCCGCGGGCGACGGGCAGCUGUGCGACCCAGUCGCAAUGAAGGACUCCAGAGCCAGCAGCAUGAACGAGCGAGGAGCCGCGCGACGCCCGCCCUCUGGCGACCCGGCCCGGGGCCACACGCACACCGAGGGCGCUCCUCUGGCUGCCAACGUCCAGGACGUGCCCGCCGAGGCGCCCAGUCAGCUGCGCCCUCCGAUCCACAAGGGGCCAAGCAAUGCCCAGCUCCAGGCCUCCGCGCGAGAGCCGCUCGAGGAGAACAUCUCUACCAUCGACGUGCCUGACGAGGAGCUGCCGCGUCCGCGCGCGGCGCCCUCCGCGGACGACGUCGUGCCUUUCGCCGAGGCGCAGCAGGAGAGGCCUGGGGACGCGACGAACUGA